AUGUUCUUCGACAUCGUCGGCUGGAAUGCCCCGCUUGGCGUUUCUGGUCUCCGCACCCUCGAUGUUGCCAAGCUUCUGUCUAACAGCUAUCUCUCUGGCAAUAUCGUCGAUCAUGUUCUGCACAUGAUCCGCAACUGGACUACUACCUACCGCGUUCAUUGUUGUCUCUAUGUCAACACCUUCGACUUCCAGGUUCCAUUCCUCUCCAUCAUCCAAGAAACCGUGCAGUGGGACCUGUUUAACACCCCCAAUGCUGACAAUCUCAGCCACCUCUCCGAUGUCAGCAAGGAGGUCAAUGCUGGCAGCUUUGAGGGCAUCAUACACCCACUGCACAACCGCCACCUCGACCACUACGUCGCUGCCUUGUUCGACACGCACACCGGCCAGCUCUCCAUUGGCGACUUGCUUGAUGCGAUGCCUGCCAAAGCCAUCAGUCAGGACAACAUCGAGGGAUAUCGCACGUUUGCUCAUGCGCGCGGCCUUGAGCUCCACCCAUCCAUCAUACCUCUUGAUCAUUCCCUCCAGGAUGACGGCUUCUCUUGCAGUGUUGUCACGUUCAACAUGAUUGAGCACACCAUCUUUGGCCAAUCUUCUGUUAGGCCCUGGUCUCCGCAUACAAAGUGUCCCGAGCAUGCGGAGUGGGCACUUCUCCUUCUGACCCAUGGUGGCAACCCUUAUGCCCUGCAUGAUCUAGGUCUUCCUGACAACCUGGUUUUCUCUUGCCCCAACAGCAGCAGGCUUGAUGGACCUCUGGCCCCACCUCUGCCUCCGCCUCCCUCAGCUCUCUCACCUCCUCCUCUGCCUCCCUCUGCCCCUUCCACAGAUGCAUCUGAGAGCAACAACACCACGUCGCUCUCAGACCGCGGCACGGAACCUGACAACAGCAGCAAUGAUGACAAUGACAUCCCACCAUUGUCGUCGUUGAUUCAUCAGGCAAAGCUGCUCCAUUCACAUCUGGUCCAAGAUUGUGAGGUGAUGCCUCACCCGGCACGGACACUCUCCCUCCCGACGCAGCCACUCUCCCUCCCAGCGCACUUGCCCUUUCCCCCAACACAAUUGCUCUUGCAACCGAAGUUCAACAGCUUCUUCCCAAAGGUCACACAGGCCGAAGUCGAGACCAGACGCAUCACAACCAAGUACAAAUGUGACACCAAGUGGGAAGAGGCCUUUGCAUGUGCAGAGUGCCAAGCAAGAAUUGCCGAGGUCAAGAAGGGACAUCUGCAAAAGGAGAAGGAGUGUCUGUGGAAGCAACAAUGGUGCUUGCAGUUGGAGGAGCGUGCCAAGAGGGCUGCACAGAAGGCCCAGACCAAGGUCACCCUCAUGGUGCCAUCGAAAACCACACCGCCGAUUCAAUCUGCCACACCCAAAGCCUCACGGCCCUUCCAACAAUUCUCCCGGCUUGCCACCAAGAAUUGGGACCAACAAGGUCGCAAGCGCAAGAAUCCCAUUGACAAGCCCGCCUCUGCAUCGGAGUGCUUCAACUACUGCCACCCGCUUGUUUUCCAGCAGAUCAACAACAGUGCACACAAGAUCAGCGGCAACUGGCCCCCAAAGAAGAUUGUUGAUGACCUCAAGCGAACCAACCCAACACAGUUCAGCCAGCUCAUACCUCAAACUCUUGGCCGUUGGAUUGAGUGCCAACACAGUGAGCCACCUCGAUGGAAGGACCCAAUUCUUGCACAGGUGGAGUUUGGCAACAAGCCUCAAUGCAAGGUUACACGGAAUGGGAUUCUCUCUCUCUAUCCUGAUCUCAUCGACAAGAUCAAGGAUUACCUGAAGUUCAUGUGA